CUCGAGCUCUCUCUCCCCGCCCGUUGCUCGGCGGCUGGGCGGCUUCGUCCCGAUCCCGCGCAGUUAGGAGGUCGGGACGCACCCCGAGCCGCCGGCGGUGCCCCGCUGGAGGAUGGAAAGCGAGGGCGACAGUUGUUCGUGGGGAAGGAGCGAAGACCCUGAGGUCGUCCGCGAAAAACGUCUGUUCAAGUCCAGGUUGCCGGAAUGCCUCGUCCAGGUGGCGUGCGGACACCAGCGCUGCGCCUUCCCGCUGAAUCGCAACGAGCUGUGCGUCUGCAAUACAGCUGGCAGCCCUGCUGCACAGAGUGAAGCCAUAGAAGUUAAACUGAAUGGCCACCUGGCUCCAGUGACUGCUGCUGAGUUUUGCACGUGGGAGAAAAAUAUGCUUCUAUUGGUGUCUGAAGACAGAAGCUUCAAGGUAUGGGACUAUUCUACUGGACUGUUAAUGUAUCAGUCAGGGAUAUUAACAGCUUUGGAUCUUCAGUUUAAGCAGUGAUCAUAGUUACCGUUGUGUGGCACAUACGGACUUAAAGAAAGAGCAAGAGAAAUUCUAUAAUAAAAUCUGGAAAUCUGAAGAAGAAUUAGGUGAAAGGCAAAAUGCUUCUGAGCUUUGCAAAACAAACAGCAUGAAACCAGAGGGGUCAGUGGAAGCAUCAUUGCCUGUUCUCCUAAUUGAACACUGUGACUAUUCAGUAUGUUUCCACAAUGAAGAAAAUAUGUGAGUCCUUUAAAAUAUCACCAGGUUCUUAGGUUAUUUUCACUGCAUCAAUUUUAAUUGAAACUUUUUCCUUUAAACUACAGAUUUUAAAAAUGCAUUUGAAAUCUUCUAUGGGAUGGCUUAUUAUUUUUGUCAUAUUGGAAUCAAGUUAGCUAGUAUUACUGUGUCUUAUAUAGUAAAAAAAAAAAAAGCUUUUUAUCAUACUCAGGUAUGUUUUCUUUUUCUUUUUUCUAAAAUAAUGUAUCAAAGUGCAAGACCAGUUUUGAAGGGUAGGUAAUAUAGCAACUGCUUUAGAGGAGGAACAAAUUUAAAUGAAUUCUAUCGUGAAUAUGUUUUGUAACUGCUUCUCUUAUAACUUUAGUUAGGAGUAUCUAUGGAACUAAAACACACUGUAAAUUUGCUGUAAAAUGAUUGUAGCAAGUGAUUCAGAUCUUCAUCUGCAAUUCUAAUAAGAAAAAUAGCUGAAUGUGACACAGUGAGUUUUCAUGAUUUCAUAUCAUAUGCCUCAUUUACUUCUAACGUUGUGUUGUCUUGAGCCUGAUCAAGUUUAGUGUAAUGGAGUUAAAUAGAAUAUACAUGAAAAGGUUGCCCAGAGAGGCUACUGAGAUACGGAGAUAUUCAGGACCUGUCUGGAUGCCUACCUAUGCAAUCUAUUGUAGGGCACCUGCGUUAGCAGGGGAAUUGGACUCAAUCUUUUGAGGUCUCUUCCAACCCCUGCAAUUCUGUGAUGGUUAUUUGAUGAGUGAAUUCAUAGUCAUUGUGGACACAAGAGCUAAUGUUUUUAAGAAGCUGGCAUUUUUUGGUUAAUUGAUGUGGUGUGUUACAUGGGAAUAUUACACACAUUUUUUUCUCUUUCUACUAUAUAAAAUCAUUCUUCUGUGUGUUGCAAACAUGAAAAUAAAGGAUGAAUGCUAUUUUUCUUCUUUUUCUUAAACUGUUUCUUAAACUUUUAAUAGCUGUGCACAUAGACAAGCCCUGAGAUGAAUACUUCAGAUGAUUUCAUAAUUGAUUUACAUUACUGUGGUGGCUUAACCUAGUUAACAAUUACUGUUUUGUUCAGUGUGCUGUUAAGUAGAUGAUCAAUGUCCUACUUCUGUUUAUAUACAGAAGUAUUUUUCAUAUUGCUUACUCUCACAGCAAGGUAGUUUGCAUUUUUAAUUAAUUUCACUAGAUAAUUAUGUAAUUUAAGAAAUGUGAUUUUUUAAAUUAUUUUUGUAAAAUGCUGUGUUAAUUCUUUAUUUCAUAAAUUCGUAAUAGUUGCUGAUGUGAGUAAUUUAAUUAUAAUAAUUUUUAAUUUAUUCUGAUGCUUAUUCUGGAUUUAGCAUAAAUUCUCCAGGAAAUAUACAUAUAAAAAUAUUUAGAAUAACUCUGCAGGUGGUAUUUAUUGCAUUAUUGAAAUGGUAAUAAACUAGGUUUAGACAUCUCAAUAUUUUUCCUUUCUUUCUGCUUUUCCUUUUUUUUUUUUUUUUAAUUUUUUU